AUGGAGGACUACCACAAACCCGACCAGCAGACGGUUCAGGCACUCAGGAACAUCGCCAACCGCCUCCGAAUAAACUGCAUCAAGGCUACCACUGCUGCCGGCAGCGGAUAUCCCACAUCAUGCUGCAGCGUUGCAGAGAUCAUGUCUGUUCUGUUCUUCAACACAAUGAAGUACCGCGCAGAGGACCCCAAGAACAUCAACAAUGACCGCUUCAUCCUUUCGAAGGGUCAUUCUGCACCGGCCCUGUACUCCAUGUGGACAGAGACUGGUUUCCUGAAGGAGAGUGAGCUGCUCUCUUUGUGCCAGGUGGAGUCCAACCUGGAGGGACACCCCACACCUAAGCAACAGUUUGUGGAUGUGGUCACUGGCUCUCUGGGCCAGGGUCUGGGUGUAGCCUGUGGGAUGGCCUACACCGGGAAGUACUUUGACAAGUCCAGCUACCAUGUGUUCUGCCUUCUGGGGGAUGGGGAGCUGUCUGAGGGGGCAGUGUGGGAAGCCAUGUCCUUUGCCUCUUACUACCAGCUGGACAACCUGGUGGCCAUCUUGGAUAUCAACCGCCUGGGCCAGACUGACCCAGCGCCCCUGCAGCACCACGUGGAGAAGUACCAGAAACGCUGCGAGGCCUUUGGUUGGCAUGCCAUCAUUGUGGAUGGGCACAGUGUGGAGGAGCUGUGUAAGGCUCUGAGCCAGGCUCGUCACCAGCCCACUGCAAUUAUCGCCAAGACCACCAAGGGCAAGGGAAUCCCAGCUGUGGAAGAUAAGAUGGGCUGGCAUGCCAAGCCCCUGUCCAAGGACAUGGCUGAGGGAGUCGUGAAGGAUCUGCAGGCGCGCAUCAUGAACAGCAGCAAGCGCCUGUACCCCACCACGCCCGUAGAGGAUGCCCCGCCAGUCAGCCUGCGCAACGUCCGCAUGCCCAGCGCACCCGCCUACAAGCAGGGAGAGAAGAUUUCCACCAGGAAGGCCUAUGGCAUGGCCCUGGCUAAGUUGGGCCGUUAUAAUGAGCGCGUGGUGGUCCUGGAUGGAGAUACCAACAACUUCACUUACUCAGAGAUUUUCAAGAACGAACACCCCAACCGCUUUGUGGAGUGCUACAUUGCGCAGCAGAACAUGGUGAGUGUUGCCACUGGCUGCGCUGCCCGUGAGAGGAACGUUGUGUACGCCAGCACCCUGGCCUCCUUCUUCACCCGGGCCUACGACCAGCUCCGCAUGGCUGCCAUCUCAGAGAGCAACAUCAACUUGUGUGGCUCCCACUGUGGCCUGUCCAUUGGAGAGGACGGGCCGUCUCAGAUGGGUCUAGAGGACUUGGCCAUGUUUAGAGCCAUCCCCAUGGCAACCAUCUUCUACCCCAGCGAUGGUGUGUCUAUUGAGAAGGCAGUGGAGCUGGCCGCCAGCACAAAGGGUGUUUGCUACAUCAGAACCAGCCACCCCGAGAACCCGAUCAUCUACAGCAGCAACGAGGACUUCCAUGUUGGACAGGCUAAGGUGGUGUACCAGAGCGCGGAGGACAAGGUGACCGUGAUCGGAGCUGGGAUCACCCUACAUGAGGCCAUGGCUGCAGCUGAGAUGCUCAAGAAAGAGAGGAUCUUCAUCAGGGUGAUCGACCCGUUCACCAUCAAACCCCUGGACUCCAAGACCAUCAUUGAGCACACGCGUCAGACCAGGGGCCGGAUCCUCACCGUUGAGGACCACUACUAUGAAGGUGGCCUGGGGGAGGCAGUAUGCUCAGCGGUGGUGAAUGAGCAGGGCUUCACCCUGCAGCGUCUGGCGGUAGCCCACGUCCCGCGCAGUGGCAAGCCCAACGAGCUGCUCAAGAUCUACGGCAUCGACCGCGAAGCCAUUUGCCAGGCCGUCAGGAAGAUGCUCAGUGGCUCCGCCAACGCCAAGUAGCUCUACCCCUUCCUGCAUUAGCUACGCCCCACCCAGCCCAGCCCCCAUUCUACCACCCCUGAGAAAAAUAGAGACAUUGUUCCAUGUCACCACCCACGCCUGGUAAACCCACCCCCUCACUGUGAAAGCCCUGUCCCCUAUGUGUUUACUAAAGUAACGUGAGUUUGUGCUGUAUGUACAUUUUGAAGUAAGUUACACAUUUCACUUUUUUCUCUCACACACAUGCAUACAAUACACACACAACCCUACUCCCACUUCCUGGUAAUUAUGGGUAAUCCCAGGGUCAAGGGGUCAACUUCAGAAAUUAAAGUGAGAGGUCGUCAAACUCGGCUGGCAGGUGUAGAAACCAUACAGGUGCAAACCAUACAAUGCAAUAAAGACUAUACAUGUUGUGACUCAAUAUAGGCACCUUUAUUUGAUGCUCAUAUGUUUUAAAACUCUUCACAGUUGAUAUGUUCAACCAAAAAAACAACCAGCAGCUGUUUGAAUACUUUUAUAUUGUUCUGAUGAUGUAACUCUAAAGACAGGGUGGGGCAGCUGGUAGUGAAAUGUAAGUGUCGUCUCCAUGACAACCGUCUCUGGAAAAUGUCAUGUUUGUAAAACGUAGUCCAAGAAGGAAAAAAAAGAAACAAAAGAUGAUCAAAUGAAAAUGUAUGUGGGCUACAAAUAUCAGUAAAGUGAAAAAUCCAUACAGUUUGAUCCAUAUGUCUCUCUAUACCACAACCCAAACACGUGGCUGGACAGCUUGUGUUAGCACACAUGUUGGUUUUAAACAUCCUUUUAUCUCUACAACUCAGGUGUAGACUAGAUAAACACAUGGGGUCAGAUAACUGCCAAAAUGUUGUGCAUAAAAGCUUUUGGCACAUAUUUAACUCCAUAUUAACACCUUUUACCUGCAUGAGCAAACCAACAGUGUGUUAAAACGAGCCGUCUGAACAUACCACUAAUGUUUCUCUGAGCAAAUAAUGUCCACGAUAGCAAACAGUUGGACCUGGAGGUGAGGAAGAGGGACACAGGGCCAGCUAGGGCUUAGAGCAGGGUUGGGGUUAAUUCCAUUUCAAUUCAAUUCAGUCAUAUCAGGAUGUAAAUUGAAAUGGAAUUUACCCCAGCCCUGGCUUAGAGACUGUCUCUGUGCUUGUGGUCAUGGUGAUGUUGAGAGCAUGCAGUUACAUCUGAACUGUGAAGCUAAAACAAACACCUCAUUUGUUACUUGAACUUUUUUAUGUACCUUGUACUUUCAUCUAUUAAAGCCCUCUGCAUUUGAGUUUGAGAGUUCACUACUA